GCAUCCCCAGAUAAACAGCACCAUACGCGACUAAGAGAUUCUUCCAAAAUUUUGAGAGAGAUCAAAAACAGUUGAGAAUCAUGAAAGUCAGACUGUGCCUUGCUGUUCAGUUAUUUCUAGAUCUUUUCAGUUCCUGUUAUUCUUACACUUUGCCUGGUAUAGAAGAUACACAGUUUAUCCAGGACUGUGUGAAUGCUCAUAACAACUUUCGGUCCCAGGUGAAUCCACCAGCCAGCAACAUGCUUCACAUGACCUGGGACUCUGCUUUAGCUAAGACUGCCAAAGCCUGGGCAAAGCGGUGCAUCUUUGAUCAUAAUGUCUAUCUUAAAAUACCUGGAAAAGUACACCCUGAUUUUACUCCAGUUGGAGAAAACAUUUGGACUGGCUCUCUCUCUCUCUUUUCUGUGAAUGCAGCUCUCAAGAGUUGGUAUGAUGAAGUCACAAACUACAAUUUUGAGACUCGCAAUUGUAUUGGAAAAUGUGGCCAUUACACUCAGGUUGUUUGGGCUACCAGUUACAAAGUUGGCUGUGCAGUUCACCUCUGUCCUAGUGUUACAGGUUUCAAAGGACUCACCAAUGGAGCACAUUUUGUUUGCAACUACGGACCAGCUGGGAAUUAUCCAAUGCAGCCUUAUAAAACAGGAGCAGCGUGUAGUGACUGCAAUGGCGAAAAGUGUGUGACCACGCUCUGUGAAAAUCCAGAACGUGAGAAAUUAACAAGUUACUCCAGUUGGCAUCCAGACUGGGACACACCCCCACAGCCAGGCCGCCCCGGUGCCCCACAACUUAGCUCUCCACGCUCCUCGUGUGACCAAUACUGUAUUAUUGUUUUAAUAGUAAGGUUACUGUUUGUGUUACUGAUUUUUGGUGCUGUCCUACUAGUUCAAUGGCAGUAUCCCCAAAUAUUUAUAUAUGAGUAAUCUAUUUGCCUCCUAUUGUCAGUGUACAUAGGCAUUAGUACCAGCCAAUUUUCCCAGGAUGCUCAUGGUUGUUUGGGACAAGGAGCAGGAGAGAGUGUUAACUAUUCAAUCGAAACCAUACAUUGCACCACUGGCGUACCUGCACUGUGCACCACUGGCAUAACUUAUAGUAUUCCAUUCUUUUCCCUAAGAAGCACCUUAGAAGAGAAGGUCUGAAGGUGACAUUUCACUGUAGCUGCCUUUGCCUAAGACUCACUAUUGUCAAGUAGAAACA